UUUGAUCAACUCCGCGGUCACACUGCUGAUGUGGUGAUGUGGUUUAUAGAAUUUUGAAUAGAUUUUCGUCAAGUAACGCAGAAACUAUAUAGUAUCCAAUAAGCAGACCGGUCGGAGUUUGGCGCGAGCAAGAUGAACUACAAUCCAAAUGCGGGUAUGCGGAAUCGUAAGUGGGAAAACUGUAAGGAACAAGCAACGGCAACACAAGGUGGCGGCCGCCCGCGGCCAAACAAGCGCAUCAGCGACAUGAAUGCGAUGGGCCCGUCGGCCCCGAUGAUGGGCGGACCAACGUUCAUGCCCCCGACGGCCGGGCCCGGCAUGUUGGACCCCAACAUGUACGGCGGUGGCCCAGCUGCUGCUGCCCCGUCGACUAGCUACAACUUCAACGUGGCACCAUCUCAGCAGCCUCUGCAGCAGCCACAGCAGCAGCAUUAUCAGCCACAGCAGCAACAGACGCCACAAAAUUAUCAGCAGCCGCAGCAGCAGAGCUUCGGCUAUGCACCACCGCAACAGGGGGGAGCACCGCCGCCUUACGGCAUGGGAGCACCGCAGGCAGGACCUGGGGCUGGCGUGCCUCCCGGUGGACAGUUUCCACAGUUCGCGAUGCUCCAGCAGCCCAUCAUGCAGGACAUGGCCAUGGAGUACGGUCAGCGGCUGGCAGAUCAAGGAAGGCAGAUAGUGGAGAAUCAGUUCGAGAGAUGGGUGCCCGUGGCCAAGCUGAGGUACUACUUUGCCGUUGACAAUGCCUACGUGGGACGCAAGCUGCGAUUGCUCUUCUUUCCGUAUAUACACAAGGACUGGUCCUUGAAGUACGAUCAAGAGCACCCAGUGCAGCCGAGGUACGAUGUGAAUGCGCCCGAUUUGUAUCUUCCAACGAUGGGCUACAUCACAUACGUGAUUGUGGCCGGCCUGCUGUUGGGCAUGCAGAAGCGAUUCUCGCCCGAGCAGCUGGGCAUCCAGGCCUCCAGUGCCAUGGCCUACAGCAUUUUCGAGCUGGUCAUCUACUCGAUAGCCCUGUAUGUGAUGAACAUCAAGACGAGCCUCAAGACCCUGGAUCUGCUGGCAUUCACUGGCUACAAAUACGUGAACAUUGUGGCCUGCCUGAUGUUCAGCACGCUGUUCUACAGGUCUGGCUACUUCAUAGCCUUGGCCUACACCAGUUUCUCCUUUGGUUUCUUUCUGCUGCGAACGCUACGAACGAAACUGUUGCAAGACAGCGCGCCGGCUGUCUCCAGCAACGCCAUCAACUAUGAUCCCUAUAGCAAUCCGCAGGAGCUCGACUACAGCGGCGGACGCAAGCGGAAGCUCUACUUUCUCUUCAUGGUCGUGGCCGGGCAGGCUGUGCUUGCGUUUCUACUCUCGAAGCACUUAUAUCUACCCGAAUCGGAGGCCCUAUUGCCGGUGCCCAAGGCCCUGUAAUAACAUUACCGGAAGCCGCAUGCGAGCCGAUAUCAUUUCCAGAGUGUUAAAUUUUCGCAGUAGUUUAUGAAUGGUUAGCUGUUACUUAAGGAUUGGGAGAAGAGAGCGCGUGCCUGCGUCUGAGAUUGCAUAAGAGAAACCAUAUUUUUGUUAAUAACGAAGCACAUUUUAUAAAAUAAAUAAAUACAAGCUAUGAAAACGA